AUGGCCGAAUUCCCUCCUCCAAGUCUCGCCCCUCUAGCCCAGGAAGUCGUCGACCUCCUCAAGGCCCGAAGCGAAACAGUCUCCGUAGCUGAAACGGCAGCCGGCGGUCUCAUCUCAGCCUGUCUCCUCUCCACCCCAGGAGCAUCGGCUAUAUACAAAGGCGGACUAACUGUAUAUACACUCGAAUCCCGCCUCGCAUUCGCAGGCUGGACACAGGCAAAUAUCGAGAACUAUAGAGGCCCCACCACUGAAAUCGUAAGCCAGAUGGCGGAACAUACCAGGCAGACGCUCUUCUCGACGUACGCGGUCAGCGAGAGCGGUACUGCGGGACCGACGGGGGGGUCGACAAGGAAUCGCACUCCUGGAUAUGUGGCUAUUGCUGUAUCCGGUGCGCAUGGAUGUUCCACGCGUGAGGUUGAGACCGGGAGUAGUAACCGGGCGGAGAAUAUGGUUUCGUUUGCGAGGGAGACCUUGCAGCUUUUGAAGGAGGUGUUGACGAAGACUGAGGGCUCUACUCUUUAA